GGUUCGAACAAACGAGAAGCUUUUGAUACAUCAGCUUCUCCAGGAUGAGUAGCAGUCGAUUCAAAUACUAUCAACGUAUCGAAAACGUGUUGGAAGCAGAGAUGCAGAUUCUGCGUGGGAGGAAGGCACUGUGGCACCAUGCAGCUCGGUAAGCGUCAGAACAAACAGGCAUACAGUCUAUAAAAUGCCUUCAAUGCACGUCUUCACUGCUCUAAAUCAAGAGCGGAAUGAGAUACGCUUACUGCAUCUCGAUCAGAUCAUACCGACGGAAAACGACUCCUUUCUUGGAUUGACUGGCCAUUCUGAGUGCGUCUCACUAUUGGAUGCACCCAAAUACAAGGCGCUGUCCUAUGUCUGGGGCAAUCCUUCUGCUACGUCAGCCAUCUUUUUGAACGACUGGUCAUACAUACCUAUAGCAGCAAACUUGCUUGAAGCGUUUUUGCGUAUAUCCGCGGUUGAUUCGACAUCAGUGAGCCUACAACGAUCCAUUGAAGCUGCCAUUGAAGGUUGUAACCGCCGAUAUGGGUUGAUGCUCUGUGUAUGGAUCAUGCCAAUGACACAGAGAAGAGUUGGCAAGUCCAGAUGAUGGACAAGAUCUACUUAAAAGCAACAAAAACGUUAAUAUACCUAGGACUUUCGACCAAGGAGUCCGACGAGGCCCUUCGAUCCUUUUUUGCCUAUGGACGUAAGGCGCUGCAAUGCGGUAUACUCGUUCUUAUCAGCGGGCCCAGUCCAAACGACGCCUUC